GCAACAUCAUUGACACAGGUGUUAGCUCUCGAGUGUUACUUUGUAUGAGUUUCUCAAUUUUUCCCGGAGCUUAUCACAUUUUAGGGCAAUCAGGUGAUCAUUCGAUUAGAUAAUAUCGAAUGAAUAAAAAGGCGCCUUUCACCGAUUGAAAAUCACGUUAUUGAUUGUCAUUUCUCUCGUGAGGACAUCAUCAUGAAGGCUUUCAUCUUUGCUUGCAUAAUCUCCGCAUUCUGUGCGGUGUCUCAGAGCACACCGUAUAACUUAUGCGACAAUGGACCUCCGCCCGUGAAAUUAAGAGUAGAAGGAUGCGAUAGUUCUCCUUGCUACAUCUACAAGGGAACAAACUUGACUGCGCAGUGGGACUUUACUGCUGAUGCUGAUGCGCAAUCGCUUGCACCGCAAGUAAUAGUUUAUUUCAUGGGUACUACGGUAAACUAUCCUUAUCCUGAGAAGAAUGCUUGCAAUUCGCUGGUAAAUAGCAAAUGCCCGUUGAAAAAAAACUCAAAGGCCACGUACAACUUGGAGAUGCCCAUAUCUAAGGCUUACCCGUCUCUGGCUCUAAACAUCCAAUUCGCCCUAAUCGACGAGAACAAGAAUAUACAGGUGUGCUUCAGUCUGGAUUGUGAGGUGACCGAUAAAAAGAUUCUUUCUUCAUCGUUGUGAUAACAAAGUUAUCAAACAAAUCGAAAUAAUAAAACGAAGUAGUUCUAUUCAAUAUCUUUUUGCUAAGAUAUGCUUAUAUUAUCAAAAAUAAAAUGUUUAGAGUAUUAAGCAUAUUUUUAAUUUUAUAUUUUUGUCUGACACGACACACACAUACACGCGAGCAAUCAAAAUAUAAUAGAAUUUUAAGAUGUAUAUCAUAAGAGCUUAAUGUUUAAAGAAAAAUGUAAUAAAAUGUCUGAUUUCGAAAAUAUUGAUAGCAAUUUCAAUCUGAUAUUAUGUGAUAAAGCUGAUAAUAACAAGAUGAUUAAAUCACACACAUACAUAA